CCUUCCGCCAAGGACUUCUGUAACUUGUACAAACGAUACCGCACUCGCUGGCAUCCCUUCGUUGUUAUCAAAUAGGUCAGAGGGAGCCAGUGUUUCAAUGUUAUUCUGUGAGGAAGCGUUGACGUGCCUUCGAUAAAACGGGCUACUACUUCUUCAUGAGCAGGUCAAUUUGACGCGCCACUCGCGGAAAUCACUUGUGUUCUUGUUGCAACGCUAAUCGCUUUACCAGUGCUGAGGUGACCACCCAGACGCUGAAGUUCAGUUUUACAGCUUUUCUGUGUUGCCCGUAAACUCACUUUUGCCUCCGACAAUAGGCUUCAACCAUCGUCUGUGAAGAGAUGCGUUCAGUCGCUAGAAAAACAGCUGUUCCCAAGAAGUGCUCAUCUGAAGUAACACAACUCAUUGAUCUUCAGACUAAUCUUAGAAACCAAUAAUACUGAUCCGGCGAAAGACGAGUUGAUGUGGGAAGACGAGCAGCUCUUCGGUGUUCGCUGCGAACGCCCACACAAUUUCGUGAGCUUCAUGGAGAGAAGCAGGAUUGCACAGGAUGUCUCACGACAACUGCGCGAGCGGAAGAAGCAGAAUCUCGCAUGCGGAUUGUCGUUGCGUUGGAAAAUUGUGUUAUUGGCCUUUUUGAUCGCUGCCGGUUCUGCAUCAGUGGCCUUGCUUUUUCUGCCGGGAAGUAAGCCCUCAUCGUGUGAUGAAAUAGCCGCAGCAUAUUCGGACCAAGUUCGGCCAUUCGGUAUGACCGUGGUAUCCCUGUCCCCGUCUCAAGCGGUGCUCCGUUGGCAACCUCCACCGGAAGUGUUUGGCGUCCUCACUGGAUAUACCGUAGAGAUAUGCGACACCUUCGCGCAGUGUGACGCUGAUGAGAACGUGGCCGGUUGCUUCGAACACCACACUUCUGAAGCAUGGCUCAAAUUUGAGACUACUGCCGACACAUCAUACUGCGCGUUGGUCACCACCAACAUUCAGUGCGGUGUCACCACCGUCAGCAGUCGUGCAGCCGCACUGGAAAUCAGGACUGCAUUGUUUGGUUAGCAAAGCAGACCUUUUUAUUCCUGGAAUAUUUCCCACCAAUGCUUUGACUAUGCCCGGCGCAUUGUAAACUUUGUGGAAUAAAUAGAAACGAGCAACUGUUAGAGAAAAAAAAGGUAUCGUAUU